GAAAAGCUGCUUUUAGGCCCAAGCAAAGCAGCACCUCUUCUUGCCCAUUUUGGCCGUUGCACGCAAUUUUGUUUGUCAACAUUGUCUCUCGACCAUCUAUCGGCGAGUUGCCAAGCCAUCAGCUUGUAUGAUAUCCUUUUUGUGCCCUAACUAAUAAUAGAAGAAGGCAACCCUUGCAUCCCUAACACACACAAAGGAACUCAAGAUGACUGGGAAGCGCUAUUAUCACGCCCUUACGCCGCUCUUCUUGCUCGCCGUGACGAGUCUCAUUCACCUCAAGUCGGUACAGAAUAACACAAUAGUUUUUGAGACGCAACUUCCAACGCCAAUCCCUCCUGAUGAAAUAAGGAAACGCUCACUGGAACUAGGGGCCAGUUUGUCGCGACAUCCAGAGACGGACCAAGAUCAGACUGAUUCUAAAACCAAUACAGGCUUCAAGAGGAAACGGAAAGAGGAACUGGAGGCCUUGCUGUCCAAAAUGGAACUUGGUGAUAAGAAUCGCACCAAGAAACAACGUAAAGAGGAAUUGAAGGCUGCGUUGUCCAAUAUUGACUUAUCUUCGGAUGCGAGAACCAAUGCUAAGCAGAACAAGAUGAAACGCAAACAGGAACUGCGGGCCAAGUUGUCUCAGCCUCCCAAAAUUGACUUGACCAAUACAAUAAAUACCCGAAGAAAGAUUGUGUUUCUUCACGUGGGCAAAGCUGGAGGCAACACUGUGCGAUCUGCCUUGCCGCGUCUGUUUUGUCAGCGACACAGAAGAAGGGUAGAUAAGCAAUCGUGCUGGGAAAGAACUGCCCGUCCCGAUUCUCCGCUGCGAGAUGGCACAGAACUGGAGGUACACAUGAAGACGGUACCUAACAAUGGCGCUCAACUGAUUCUAGAAAACAACUACACGACUUUCCUCUUUGCCCUGAGGGAACCGCUAAGUCGUAUCCGGUCUGCCUAUCAUUUUCUUCACCCCAACAAUACAGAGAGUGUUUAUGCCCGCAUGAAACACGAGCUCAAGACAAGUUUCUACGAAGAAUGUUUCCCAACCUGGGGCGACUUGAUGCAAGCGGUAGACCAGGCUUUGUCCAUUGCACGCCAUGGUGGAAUCGCAUCCACUGGUGGCGAGUCCAACACUGCGACCACUAUUACCCAGUCCUUGACAUUUUGCCAAAAUCUAGCCAUUGCCGGACUCCGCGGAGAAGAACGGAUAGUGAAGAAAAUCAAUGUGCAUUUCUUCUUCAAUCACCAAUUCUAUGCCGACAUGUCGAUGAAUGUGUUUCCGUCCACGGAAGUAUUUGUGGUCCGAACCGAAACUCUCUGGGAUGAUCUGGUUGACUUGGAUCGUAGUUUGGGUGGACCAGGGAAGUUCAAAUACAAUGGUGCCGUGAUGAAUGAGAAUAAGAAUCAUACCUCGCCAACAACAACAACAUCAACAACAGCAAGCCAGGGAGAGACGGGGGCAAGUCUCUCUUUGCGGCAGCAAGAGGAUAGGAACUUGUGUUGUGUCCUGUGGGAAGAGCUGAGGCUAUACCAAAUAAUUCUUUACCGCGCAGUCAACCUGUUGCCAUGGGAAAAGAGAGCAACCAUGAAGAAACUCUUGGGAAUAUGCAGUGCGGACGGGCAGCGGUCCAAGAUCGACUGGCAAGCAUGGCACAAACGCAGUUGCCCAGAUCUAGGGCCAUUUCUCUCCAAGUUGCCAACCCCCCAAGCUGCUAACUACACUGAAUGAAUGAAGAUCACCAGGGAAAACCUCUUCACUUGGCCAAGACUGAUGGCCGGUUUUGCAAGGCCUAGCUUACACAGAAGACGCCCCAAGACACAAAAUCUACACGUAUUGCCAAAUGAGAUAGAUGUUUCCAAAACAAUCGUGUCCAGUACAGCAAGGCGUCACAGCAAGCUGCAAGAUACAAUACCGUAACUGUCGGGUUGAGAGCUGUACAUGUAGUACAUGCUGCCAACCAAAAGGCUAUCGGUAGGCUAUCGGUGCAGUACAGAAACAACGGGACAAAUUUUGAUCGCUUCUCUGCUGGGACCCAACCCCGCCAAUUGCGCCAGUGCUGUCAGGUCAGCUGGCUUAAGACAAACUCGGUUGCGAAAAUGAGUUAUGUAUGAGUACAUCAUGUCGUGGCUCUCUAGCUAGAGCUAGUCUAGCUAGCUAGUAGAGCCAGCACUCCAGCUAACUAACCUAGCUCCCGAGGGUGAUCUCAACGAUACCAUGCAGUGGGUUGAAAGUAAUGUGAACCAUGAAGAUCUAUUAAUUAUUGCUAGAAAUGGGUUUGCACAAU